AUGUAUAGGAAACCUUUGAAGGUGAUCCUUCCUUCUUUACCAAAAUAACCCACAAUAAACUAAAAAGAUUCAAAUUCUGUUAUAAAACAAUAAUCAAAAUAAUCUCAAUUUCCAGCUAAAAAUAAAAACCCCCUGCAAAUUUAAGCAGAUACAACUAAACAAUAAAUACAAUCUAAUAAGCCACAAAAUUAUUAAAAUAGCAAUAAAACAUAUAUAUAAAUUACUUAAACUAAUACUUAGUAACUAUAAUUUUAAUAAAAUGUUGUGGAUGUUGCUAAUUAAUAGAAUAAAUUUAUAGGCAAUUCUCAAUGUAUUCCAAAAAAAUAAGUUAGAGGAGAAUCUCUUCAAUAAAGUACUUUUCAUUAUGGAGAUUAGAAAUAAAAGCCACAGAAAUAAAUUAAUUAUCAAAAAACAGAAAGCUAAAACCCAAAUUAAUAUAAAUAUUAAAUAAAAAAGGAAGAACAUGAUAGAGAGAAAAAUAAAGAGGAAAAGUCAUAUUAACAUUCUAUAAAUAAGUCUAGCUAAAAAUAAUAGUAAAAUAUACAAAAUCAUGAUUAAUAAUUAUAACAAAGUUCUAAAGAAUAUCCAAUAGCUUUAUUUUUAGGUAACUCUGGAGUUGGUAAAACCUCAUUAAUAAAAAUUAUAUUUAAAGAUUCUAUUAGUAAUUUAAAAGAAUUUUAAUUAUAUCCAGCAAAAAUAGAUGAUUUUUUAAUUUAUAAUUUUGUUGAUACAAAAGGAUUUGAUUUUGAAUCGAAUAUAAAUGAAAGAGAAGAAUAAAUAAAACUCUAUUAAUCAAUAUUUUAUGAAUAUCCAAAUAAGGUAGGAGCUCUAUUUGUAGUUGUUAAUUUUGAAAGAACUGAUCUAAUGAAAAAAAAAUUAUUAUCAAUAUAUAAAUUCUUCAGAAAAUUUUCCUCUAUUAUAAGCAUUAUUGUAACAGAAAUGUAAUUAAGUGAUAAUCAAAAUAAAAGUGAAGCUGAAUUGAAAAAAAAUUUUGCAUAUUUCAAACCUUAAAAUAUAAUAUUUGUAAGAAGAGAUACACGAAGAGAUGAAUUAAUAUAAAAAUUGAAUGAAAAAUCAUUAAAUAAAAUUUAAGCUAAUUAUGAAUUCAAUGUUACAGAUACUAUUUUUGAAAAAGAAGAUGAAUAAGAAAUGAAAAAGAUAUAAAAUUAACUGAUGUCAAGAUUUAUAAAAUGA